AUGGAAGCUCCACAGUCGGACAUCCGUCUCGCUUUCAAGGCUUGUGAAACACUUGCCAAAUCUGCUGCCGAACGUGGUCUCGUUCGUUCAACCAUCGACAUAGAUGCUCCUAUUGAAGAUAAACAUAUACAGGAGUUGGAAUGGCUCUGGCGCCAUCCGUUAUUGGAUGAAAACUACCCAGUCAAGUCCCUGGAGUUCGCGGACGCAGAUCAGGCCAUGUACAGAAUGUUGAAAUUGAAGUACUGGGAGCGGGCUUGGGUUUUCCAGGAACUGGUUCUCUCCAGACGCGUCGUCGUGAUCCGUCAGCUUCUGUCCAUUGAUUUGAAACUCCUGCUGGAUGCUCAAUCUUGCAUUGACAUCAUCAGGGAUAUGGCAAGUGGACCAGAGACGGACGAGGCCGACCAAUACUUCUGGUACAUAUAUUGGCAGAGGUUUUUGACACUGAGGCAAGUCGACUGGGCACGGGUGUGUGUCCACGAGACUGAAAAGGCUGCAAAGGCUGAUGAAUCUAUCAUUCGAUCGAUGCGGAGCUUUCUGCUUCUCGUGAGCGGGAUGUAUCGUGCCAAAGACCCAAAGGACCAUGUCUACGCUUUACUAGGGUUGACGACUUUAUACAUUGAGCCUGACUAUACUAGCAAGACAACUGUUGCCUCUGUGUACACUGAGGCGUGCGCGGAGAUAUUAAAGUUGCAAAAACCGGCCAAACAUUGGCCGCUUUGCUUUCUGUUGGGAGCAGGUCUCGCAUAUCAAGGCCAGAACCAAAAGUAUGAAUUGCCGUCCUGGGUAUAUAACUUCCCCGAGACAUUCAGUGGAAACAAGUUGGCCCAAUUCCUAUUAAGAGGCUGUGAGGAGCCAAACUACCAUAGCCCGGAAGAGUGGGAUAGCCUGGAACCAGCGAGUAUUUGUGGAAGUAGGGUUGACCUGUUCUGCAGUCUUCUUUCACACAAUUAUCGAUGCAAGUCCAGUGUUGGAGGAAUCGUGGGAUAG